UGCGUCGUUCUUUCCAGUCCGACCCUUUUCUCCCUCCGCCCCGGUGCCUUUUCUAUCCUACGGCCCACGUGUGGAUUUAAUUCGGUUUUCACCUUAAAGUUUGCUGUAAAAGUUUGGACCAAAUGUCGUCGUCUUUCGAGCAGAUGAGGACGAACGUGGGCGAGCUGCUGCGAGGAAUCGAUCGAUACAACCCAGAAAACCUUGCAACGCUGGAGCGCUACGUGGACACACAAGCUAAAGAAAACGCCUACGACCUGGAGGCCAACCUGGCUGUCCUAAAGCUGUACCAGUUCAACCCAGCCUACUUCCAGGUUCAAGUGACUUCACAGAUUCUGCUGAAGGCUCUGACCAACCUGCCGCACACCGACUUCACUCUCUGCAAGUGCAUGAUCGACCAGACUCACCAGCAAGAGGAGCGCCCCAUCAGACAGAUCCUCUACCUGGGGAACCUGCUGGAGACAUGUCACUUCCAGAGCUUCUGGACGAGUCUUGAGGAGAACAGAGAGCUCAUCGAUGGCAUUACCGGUUUUGAGGACUCUGUUCGCAAGUUCAUCUGCCAUGUAGUGGGCAUCACCUACCAGACCAUCGAGCACCGGUUACUGGCCGAGAUGCUGGGAGACCCACUGGACACGCAGGUGAAGGUUUGGAUGAAUAAGUACGGCUGGACGGAGAACGAGGAAGGACAAAUCUUUAUCUUCAGCCAGGAGGAGAGCGUCAAGCCCAAGAACAUCGUGGAGAAGAUCGAUUUUGAGAGUGUGUCCAGCAUCAUGGCAACAUCUCAGUGAUGCACACACAUACAUUCACACACACGUACACACCAGACACGACGGAUUCAACCAGGUCAUUUUGUUUUUUCAUAAUCCCUCUUUUCUCAAUAAAGGUAAUUUAUCAUUACCA